AUGCUGCUGGCUAAGCUACAAGUUAAGCAAAGUGACGCCCACAAAGCUCUGUCUGAGACCAUCAGCGCCCAGGUAUCAAAUUUUGGCCCCCAGCAACUGGAAAUGAAAAGUGUGCUUAGUGACCAGCGAGACACUGCGAAACGGAUUUGUCUUAACACUCAGAGGAUCAUCAAGCAGCAGGCAUCCCUAGGGCGCUCGAUGAGCACUCAGCAUACCGAGGUCAGAGACCAUCUGCACUUUCAAGCACGAAAUCAAGAAAGAGCAUUCCCGUCUCAGAAGUCCGCUGCAACUCAGAUCGGCAUCAAUGUCCAGAACGCCAACGCCCAAGUAGAAGCCAUUUUGGCCUUACAGCGAUCCCUUGCAGAAGGUUCGACGCCUUUCCAGAAGCAAAUGCUCCAACUUUGCUUGAUGGUGCUACUCAAAGCCAUAGAAUAA